CUUCCGGACGCCAAGACAGACCGCUGCCGCCGAAUUUAAAGAGACAGGCGAUAGUUAUUUUAAAUACGAUAAACGGCAACCAUUGUCCCUUAGCUUAUUUCCCGACGCUUCUUGCCUGAGCUUGUUUAAAUCGAUGGUGAUGUUUUAAUCAAAGUCGCAGCGAGUAGCAGCUUGUCUGUCAUCACCCUCUACUCCUGCUGUGGAUUUCUCUCCCGUCCCUUUUUUUAGCGCUGUGCCGAGAGAGAGAGAGGACUGUCCAGCUAGGCAAAGUAGGGUUUGCUCGCUGGCAGGCUGGCUCCCCGACCGAGAGGAAGGUUUGUCGGCUAGCCAACAACUGGAGGUAACACCGAAAGCUUCCCUCUCAAGUUGUGGUAGCGGCUCUCAAGCUCUCCUGUCGCCGGGAUAAUGGCGAAGAUUCAGGCGCACAGCACGGCGAAGCAAAUAAACCAAAUCCAAGACAAGCCUUACGUUAUAACACAAAAGCAAGUGCAGCAGCAGCACUUCCAGAAGCUGAAGGUUGAAGAUGCUUUGUCAUAUUUGGACCAAGUCAAAAUUCGUUUUGCAAACGAUCCUGGCAUAUACAACAAGUUUCUCGACAUCAUGAAAGAGUUCAAGUCACAGAGCAUCGACACACCGGGGGUGAUAAACCGCGUGUCUCAACUCUUCCAUGGACACCCAGACCUAGUCUUGGGCUUCAAUGCCUUCCUACCACCGGGGUAUCGGAUAGAGGUCCCCAAGAAUGGGGUGGCUUUCCUCCAAUCGCCGUUCUCCACACAGGUAUCCCCAGGCCAACAGGGGAAGAGUCUCACCACCUCUGCAGUGACCGCGACCUCAGGUAGUGCCUCUGCCGCCCAAACUGAAGCUGGACCGGCCCAGACUACUGAGGUCAAGGCGGCUUCAUCAGAGCCCCCAUCUUCCUCAACCCCAGCAGGACCUCCAGAGCCUCCCAGCAGGCUUUCUCUUCCUUUGACAAACAGAGAGAGCCAGAAUCAGGCAACCACGUCGUCUGUAUCCCCGCCUGCCUCAGAGACAAGCCCUGUAGAGUUUGACAGUGCCAUUAGCUACGUAAAUAAGAUCAAAAACCGUUUUCUGGACCACCCAGAGAUCUACCGAGCCUUCCUAGAGAUUCUUCACACGUAUCAGUUUGAUUCCUCACGUCUGAUCAACAUUUACCUCCCUACCACCCCUCAGAAGGAGCAGCUGGAGGUGAAAGAGAGUCGAGGCAGCCGAGGUAGCAGUGGGAUGACAGAAGACGAGGUGUUUUCUAAAGUUGCCAGUCUUUUCAAGGGGCAAGAGGACCUGCUGGCUGAGUUUGGACAAUUCUUACCUGAUGCCAAGCGAUCACUGUUCACAGGGAGCUCACUGACAGGGGGGAAAGAGACGCUGAAAAGACCGGAGGACGAGGACACGAUAACCAAACAGAACAAAAAGAGGCCCAGGCCCAUCCUACUGCAGCACAUUUCCCCACUGCUCAAGAAAAAAAUGAAGUAUUCCUGUACCAAAGAUCAGUCCUUUGCUUCAGUUGGCAAACAUGGAGUCUUAAGAGAAUUCUCCUUCUUUGAUAAGGUUCGUCGCCUGUUUAAAAGCCAGGAAGUGUAUGAGAACUUCCUGCGCUGUAUCGCCUUGUUUAACCAGGAAGUAGUCUCGGGAGCAGAGCUGCUACAGCUAGUCACUCCUUUCCUGGGGAAGUUUCCUGAACUGUACACACAGUUCAAGUCAUUUCUGGGGGACAAAGAGCUCUCUCAUGCUGUGUCAGGGCUGUCGGAUCGCUACAUGGAGGGGGGAGGGGGCAGGGAGGUGGAUUAUGCCUCCUGCAAGCGCCUGGGGUCCAGCUAUAGAGCACUGCCCAAGACCUAUCAGCAGCCUAAAUGCAGUGGACGCACUGCCCUAUGCAAGGAGGUGUUGAAUGACACCUGGGUGUCAUUCCCCUCUUGGUCAGAGGAUUCAACCUUCGUCAGCUCGAAGAAGACUCCUUAUGAGGAACAGCUGCAUCGCUGUGAGGAUGAAAGAUUUGAGUUGGAUGUGGUUCUGGAGACAAAUCUGGCCACUAUCAGGGUGCUGGAGAGCGUCCAGAAGAAGCUAUCCCGUCUUUCACCUGAGGACCAGGACCGAUUCAGAUUAGACGACUGCCUGGGCGGCACCUCUGAGGUCAUCCAGCGCCGUGCUGUGUAUCGUAUCUAUGGUGACAAAGCCCCUGAGAUCAUUGAGGGACUGAAGAGGAGUCCCGCUACUGCUGUGCCUGUGGUGCUCAAGAGGUUGAAAGCCAAGGAGGAGGAGUGGAGAGAGGCCCAGCAGGGUUUCAAUAAGAUAUGGAGGGAGCAGUAUGAGAAGGCUUACCUGAAGUCCCUCGACCACCAAGGAGUCAACUUCAAACAGAAUGACAUGAAGGCCCUGCGGUCGAAGAGUCUUCUCAAUGAGAUCGAGAGUGUCUAUGAUGAGCGUCAGGAGCAGAGCACAGAAGAGGGUGGAGUUGGCCAGCAGAGCCGUAAUGGCUCUGGUGCAUCCAGUGAGCCUCACAUGGUGUUUACGUAUGAGGACAAACAGAUCCUGGAGGACGCCGCCUCGCUCAUCAUCUACCAUGUCAAACGCCAGCCAACCAUCCACAAAGACGACAAGGACCACAUCAAGCGCAUCAUCCAGCACUUUGUCCCCGACCUGUUCUUCUCCCGCCGCGGUGAGCUCAGUGAUACUGAAGAAUGGACAGAUGAGGAGGUUGAGCCUGAGGAGGGGGCAGAGAGAGGAGGAGGAGGCGGCAGCGGCAGUGGAGCAGCGGUGAUGGCAGGAGGAGGAAUUGGUAAUUCAAAUAAUGCAUCAGGAGCAGCAGCAACCCCAAGUAGUCAGUCUCAACCCCAACCUGCCCAAUCACAGUCCCAAGCCCAGUCCCAACCCCAGCAGCAGCAGCUCAACGGGGAGUCCAGGCGGAGGCGCUGCAGCCCAUCCCAACCUGCAGACACGGAGGCCUCCACCACCUCCAGUAGCAUGAGCCAGCCUGCAGGGACUGCCUCAUCCACCCCUGGAUCUACACCUAUGGAGACGGGUUCAGGUGCACCCGGGGAGAAGGUGGACCUGCGCGACCCUGAAGCAGAGCACCAGAAGGACCUGGACGGCGUCUACAACCUUUUCUUCGUCAACAACAACUGGUAUUUCUUCCUGCGGCUGCACCAGACCUUAUGUUCGCGACUGCUGCGGGUUUACCGACAGGCAGAACGUCAGCUGCUGGAGCACCGAGCUGAGCAGAGCAGGGAGAGGCUGCUGAUGGCAGAGGGAAGGAGAGAAAAAGCAUGUGACCUCGCUAUGGAGCUCCGCCUCAAACAGCCCAGUGAGGUGGAGUUGGAGGAGUACUACCCAGCCUUCCUGGAUAUGGUGCGCAGCCUGCUGGAUGGCAACCUGGACUCCACACAGUAUGAAGACACACUGAGAGAGAUGUUCACCAUCCACGCCUACAUCGGCUUCACCAUCGACAAGGUCAUCCACAACAUCAUUCGGCAGCUGCAGCACCUUGUGAGCGACGAGGUGUGUCUGCAGGUGGUUGAUCUUUACCUGGCUGAGAGGAAGCGGGGGGCAGCGGGGGGAAACCUGUCCUCGCAGUGUGUCAGAGCAGCCUGGGAGACCAGCUACCAGUGGAAAGCCGAGAGAGUCAUGGCUGAGGAGAACUGCUUCAAGGUGAUGUUUAUCCAAAACACGGGUCAUGUGACAAUGACCAUUGAGCUGCUGGACACUGAGGAGGCCCAGGCGGAUGAUCCGUUAGAUGUACAGUGCCUGUCGAGCUACAUGGAGCAGUUUGUAGGAACAGAGUCCAGCCUGUGUUCUCAAGAGGGCUACUUCUUCAAACCUGUAUUUCUGCCAAGGAACCUGCGUCGUUUCCGUCGCUGGCAGGUGCGGCAGGUGGAAGCGAUGCGUUGCAGGAGAGAGUGGCACCGCCAGCUGGGCGUGGAGAACGCCGGGAGUCUGGACUGUCGAUUUAAACUCAACACACACAAGAUGGUGUUUGUCAUGAACUCUGAGGAUUACAUGUACCGCAGAGGAGCGCUAGUCAAGGCCAGGAAGUCGCAGCACAGAGUGGCAGCGAGCCAGCACGAACGCUUUGACAAGUGGCACCAGGGCUGGCUGGCCAAUCACGUUGCAGCCUCCGCUGAACGCUCGGUGCAGAACUGGCUAUUGGGCGAGGAGGAAGAGGACAUGAUCCCCUGCAAGACGACCUGCCUGUCGACUGAGGUCAAAGGGCAAGCAGUGAACAGAUACCAAGUUCAUUACAGCGGUAGCAAAGCCCCAGCCUCACCGUAGAGGCCCGCAUAGAGAUGGACAUACAGCGCACACACACAGGUAAAUGCAUGGACGUACAGGACAUUCAUACACUAAACACAGACAUGAACAGCUGCAGUCCCACUUCUCCACCUUCCUCCACAACACAUUCACUCAUUCACUUCCGCUCAUGGAUGAAGAAACAGUGCAGACUCUGGACUGUUUACACCAGGGAACAGUGAGUCAGUGAAUGAGUGCACAGUGAGUGAUGAUGUGGAGAAAAAGGACCAACGCAGACGGUGAAGUAAUCAGUGAGAGUGAACUCGGCCCUGAUCGAUGGGACGAGUUGGACACGACGGCACAAACGAAGCAUCAUCAUCAUCAUCAUCAUCAUUCUAGCUUCUCUGGUGGCACUAAAAGUUGAUAAGACUGAGGCGGUUGAUCAGGUGAGAAGUUAUGAGAUCAUGAAAUUUGUUUCAGAAAUGUGAAUGUCUGUUUCUUUUUCUUUCUUUUUUUUAAAGUCAAGUGUAGUUUUUAGCUUCUAAAGCCAGAGAGCCUUCUGUUUGUUUGUUGGUUGGUUGGUUCAUGCGUGUUUAUAUGGAGAGAUAAUGGUAAACGUGUGUAUGUAUGUGUAUCCUGCUCUCUUCAUUUUGUCUGUUUGUAUGCCCAGUACAGGCUCUACAACUCUAGUAAUUGCAUUAUUACUGUAUGUGCAUAUAUACAACAGGGGUCCUGUAUUUUUAUAUAUGCAUCUACACGAGUUGAUUGAUACAUCUUAAGAUCAUGUGGUUCUUUACAGUGUUUGCUGUCAGCCAACUCUUGAUGUUUGCAUUUUGUUUUUUUGUAUUUUUUCCCUUUUUUGUGUUGUAGCUAAACAAGAUAUCACCAGGGCAACAAGGAGUCCUUAAAAUUAAUUGGUUUAAUAUGGAUGAAGCAGUCAAAUUAUGUAUCAUGUUCAUGAUACUAAAUGUUUACUUUGUAUUGUCUUUUUUUUGCAUACUGACAUUGAAAAUAAAAGCAAAAUAUCAGUGUUAAAAUAGAAUGUAUAACAUUUAUCCUGUAUCAGUUAUCACAAAAUAAACAACCUAGUUGUGACCUUCUUA